UAAAAAUCAAAGAAGCCACAUGGGAAAUGUAUGUUCUGACUGUGAGAAAUGUUUUACUUGGAAAACAAAUCUUGUUGAUCAUCAAAAAAUGCAUACAGGAGAGAAAGCAUUUUCAUGUUCUGAAUGUGGGAAGUUUUUUACUUGGACAUCAUCUCUUAUUAAGCAUCACAAAAUUGACGCAGGAGAAAAAGAAUUUCCAUGUUCUGACUGUGGGAAAUGUUUUGAUCGGGAAAAAAGUCUUAUUGAUCAUCAGAAAAUUCACACAGGAGAAAAAGCAUUUUCAUGUUCUGAAUGUGGGAAAUGUUUUACUCAGAAAUCACAUCUUAUUAGGCAUCAUCAAAUUCACACAGUUGAAAAAGCAUUUUCAUGUUCUGAAUGUGGGAAAUGUUUUACUUGGAAAUCAAAUCUCGUUGAUCAUCAAAAAAUACAUACAGGAGAGAAAGCAUUUUCAUGUUCUGAAUGUGGGAAGUGUUUUACUCAGAAAUCAGCUCUUAUUAAGCAUCACAGAAUUCACACAGGAGAAAAAGCAUUUUCAUGUUCUGAGUGUGGGAAAUGGUUUAUGCAGAAAUCUGAUCUUAUUCGGCAUCACAUGAUUCACACAGGAGAAUUUCUUUUUUCAUGUUCUGACUGUGGGAAAUGUUUUAAUCGGAAAUCAAAUCUUAUCGAUCAUCAAAAAAUUCAUACAGGAGAGAAAGCAUUUUCAUGUUCUGAAUGUGGCAAAUGGUUUACUCUGAAAUCAUCUCUUAUUAAGCAUCACAAAGUUCACACAGGAGACAUUUUUUUUCCAUGUUCUGACUGUGGGAAAUGUUUUACUGAGAAAUCAAAUCUUAUUAAGCAUCAA